AUGCAGGUUUCAAAUGCCAAUAAUGUCAAAAUCUACAAUCUUAGUGCUGGUAAAUCAUUACCAGAGUGGCUCACUGACAGACAGAGACGUAAAUUACAGAACAAAGAUGUCGACAUUCGUCGACGGCUAGAACUGAUACAGGAUUUUGAUAUGCCAACUGUCAGUAACUGUGUCAAAAUCUCCCCAGAUGAACAGUUUAUCUGUGCAACAGGCACUUACAAACCACGAUUCAAAAGUUAUGAUGUGCAUGAGCUGUGUCUAAAGUUCGAGCGAGGCCUGGAUUCUGAAGUCAUAAACUUCCAAUUCUUAUCAGAGGAUUACAGCAAGGUUUGCUUUCUUCAAGACGAUCGGUAUGUGGAGUUUCAUACUCAGUUUGGUCGGCUUCUGCGAAUGAGAAUACCCAAAUAUGGUAGAGACUUGGCCUAUUAUCCGCCAUCAUGUGAUAUGUAUUUUGUAGGUUCAAGUUCUGAGAUUUACAGAAUCAAUUUAGAGAAAGGGAGAUUCAUGAAGCCAUUACAGACUAAUGCAACUGAAAUAAAUUGUUGUGAGUUCAAUCCAGUGAAUUACUUAUUUGGAUGUGGGUCAAAGCUAGGUCAUCUUGAAUGUUGGGAUCCAAGGUCGAGGCAGAGAGCUGGUGUCCUCGACAUUGCCACAAGCAAUUUUAUUCAGGACUAUGACAUUCAAGGUGUUCCAGAAAUCACAGCAAUGAAGUUCAGGAAUGACGGGCUGAGUGUGGCUCUGGGAACUAGCACAGGCCAUGUACUGCUGUAUGAUUUACGUGCCAUGAAGCCAUACCACGUCAAAGACCACAAUUAUGAGCUGCCCAUCAAAUCUAUAGAGUACCAAGAUUCCCAAGACCUGGUCCUCUCAAUGGAUUCCAAAAUUUUGAAAAUGUGGAACAGAAAUACGGGGAAACCACUCACAGCCAUAGAACCCGGUGUUGUUCUCAACCAGCUUUGUGUGUUCCCAAACACAGGUCUGAUUUUCCUUGCAAAUGAGGCUCCAAAAGUCUUAACCUAUUUUAUACCGUCUCUUGGACCUGCCCCUCGCUGGUGUACCAGUCUUGACAGCAUGACUGAGGAGCUGGAGGAGAAGACAGAAAAUACAGUUUACGAUGGCUACAAGUUUGUCACUCGAACUGAGCUGGAGGAGCUGGGUCUGGGUCAUCUGAUCGGCACUAACUUGUUGCGAUCGGUCAUGCAUGGAUACUUCAUGGACAUAAGACUUUAUCUGAAGGCCAAAUCAGUUGCUGAUCCAUUUGCAUAUGAGCAAUACAGGAAGUCUAAGAUCAGAGAGAAGAUUCAAGAAGAGAGAGUCAACCGUGUCAGGCUAAAGAAACUUCCCAAAGUCAACCGAGAGCUUGCAGAAAAACUCAUGGAAGAAGAUGAUGCACAGAAAGCUAACCCAAGGAAGCGUGAGAACAAAGCGGUCAACAGUAUUCUCAAGGAUGACCGUUUCUCAGCGAUGUUCUCCAACCCAGACUUCCAGAUUGACCAGCAGUCUGAGGAAUUCAGGCUGAUCAACCCAGUUAUGUCCAAGCUGGACAAAGCCAGGAAGAAGAGGGAUGAAAAAUAUAGUUUGAUGAAUCAGUUUAGUGAAGUUGAGGGAGCAGACGAACGUGAAGGAAAGCCAAGCGAUGAAGAUGACAGCAGCUCUGAAGAUGAGCACACCUGGUCAAAGGAGGUGCGAUUAGAGCAUCAGAAAGUGACCAGAGAGAGGAAAGCUCAAGAGAAGGCCCAGGAAAGAGAAGAAAGACGACAAGCCAGACUUUUUGAAAUCAAGGAUGGUGAAGAAAUCGGAGUUAAAACUGACAAGAACAAGAAGAAAGAUGUUAAGAAGCCUCUGGCUGAAAGACUGCAGUCUUUGGAAAUUACUACUGUGCCUACUGCUGGUUCAUUGGGCAACAGAGAAUUUACUUUCUCCUUGAAAAAGGAAAAGAAAAUCAGCAGUAAAACGCUAGAGCAGAAUCGCCAGCAUCAGUCUGAGAGACGGAAGGUCAAACGAGCUGGUGGGUCACUGCUGGAAAAACCAAAAAGCAAAUUCUGGCAGGGAAAGAAAGUCAAGUGA